AUGACCUGUCAUCCUCCACGAUUGCUCCGAUGGCGGUCGUCGACGGGAUUCAUUAUCGCCACGGUCUGGACCUCGUUCUUCACGGACUACUUCCUCUAUGCGAUGAUUGUGCCCGUCAUGCCCACAGCCCUUGUCGACCGCGCCAGUAUACCAUACGAAGAUCGAGAGUUCUGGGUGAGCAUCCUACUGAUGUGCGAAGCCGCCGUCGCCUUCCUCUGCUGUCCAGUAUUCGGAUACUUGCUGGACGUGGCACCCACGCGACAGCUGCCCUACCUCCUGGGCCUCAUCUUUCUCGGGGCCUCGAUGGUGCUUCUCGCUUUGGCGCACACCAUCGCCUUGUUCAUCGUGGCCCGCCUGCUGCAAGGCGCUGCCACCGCCAUGGUCGCCGUGGCGGGUCUCGCCCUGCUCACGGAUUCGGUCCCAGCCAGCAACCUUGGGCAAACCAUCGGAUACCUGGGCUCCGCCGUUGCCUUGGGCUUUCUGCUGGGUCCGCUGCUGGGCGGGCUCGUCUACCAAGUCGCCGGGUACCAUGCGGUCUUUGCCAUCGCCUUCGCGAUGGUGGGGAUUGAUCUGCUCAUGCGGAUGGUGGUGGUCGAGAAAGCCGUCGCCAACCGGUGGAUGCAGCAGGCGCAGUCGUUCUCACCAGCACUAGAUGCCGGGUUUACGUCCAGCGACAAUCUGGUGCAGCAGCAGCAGCAGCAGCCGCUGCCGGACCAGUCGACCAGGCGCUCCGCUCCGGCAGCGCCCAACACGAGUCCAUCCCAGAAGAAGCUCGCGAUACUGGCAAUCAUCAGCCAACCCCGGGUUCUCGUCUCCUCGGCUGCUCUUCUCGUGCACGGGUUACUCUACUCUGCCUUUGACGCUACAAUUCCCAUCUUUGUUGAAUCCCGCUUCGGAUGGAGCACUUUUGGCGCAAGCAUGGCAUUUCUCCCCUCAGCCCUGACCGCACUCCUACAGCCAUAUUUUGGCCAUUUAACAGACAAACACGGCCCCCGUCCCAUCGCAACAAUAUCCUUCUCCCUCCUAACCAUUCCCCUCCUCUGCCUCCGCCUCGUCACCAACCACAACACCGCCCACAUCAUCCUCCUCCUCACCCUCCUAACCGCCAUCGGUUUACUCAUCAACCUCUGCACCCCAGCACUAUACGUCGAAACCCAACAGGUGCUCGAUGCGAUGGAGGAGGAAGCGGUGGCAGCGACGGCGGCGGCGGAGGAGGAGCCUGCCCGCCGCGUCGCACCGACACCACCACCCAAGGGCACCUCCGCCCCCGUCGCUCAGGCAUUCGGCAUCCAGACCAUGGCGCAGUUUCUGGGGUUGUUUCUCGGGCCGCUGUGGGGAGGGUUCGUGGAGUGGCGGUUCGGAUGGGCAGUGAUGACGGGGAGUUUGGCAGGGUUGACAGGGGUGGAGUUGGUUGUGUUUUUGGGGGCGUAA